AUGACGAAUACCACCCCCCGUGGGCGUCUUUGCCCCAUCCACGAGACUACCAAACGCCCCAAUGCGACUCCCAAGCGUUUCCCCAGAGGCAGCCGCUUGCAGUCUCGCCCUUUCUAUACUACGGUCCUCCUUCUAUCAGUCAUGACUGCGUAUUCAUUUUUGUCGCAUACAACCUUCGCGCAGUCCGUCUCGAAUCGCGCGGCAGAUCCCGAGCUGCUCUUCAAGCGCAGUUCCUCUACGGUCGAAACACCCGAGUGCAGUCAAGUCCACAAUGCUGUGGACAGAUGCGCCUUUGUGCGCAAAUACUGCAACGAUGAUGAUGCCGGGCUUGUACACUACAUUGAACUGUAUUAUUGCUCUUUCGGCAAUGCAAGACCCGUCGCAUUCACAGCCCUUGUGCUUUGGCUGGGCCUCCUCUUCACCACCAUCGGCAUCGCUGCAAGUGAUUUCUUCAGUGUCAACCUAAGCACGAUAGCGACAGUUCUUGGCCUGAGCGAGAGCCUGGCAGGCGUCACAUUUCUCGCGUUUGGUAAUGGGUCUCCCGAUGUGUUCAGCACUUUUGCAGCCAUGGGCUCUAAUAGCGCCAGCAUGGCCGUCGGAGAGCUGAUCGGCGCGGCAAGCUUUAUCACAGGUGUCGUUGCUGGUUCUAUGGCAUUGGUGAGGGAGUUCCGUGUCGAUCGGAAAUCAUACACACGCGAUAUUUGCUUCUUCAUCCUUGCGGUCGUCUUCACCAUGAUCUUCCUAGCUGACGGCCACUUGCACUUAUGGGAGUGCUGGGUGAUGAUAGGGUACUAUGGAGUGUAUGUCGUUACUGUUGUAACAUGGCACUGGUACUCUACGAGACGCAAAGCUAGACAACGCAGAGAAGGCGAAGCGCGCAGCCACGUGUAUGCAGCCCUAGGUCACUCUGGGGACGAGUUGGCCGGCGAGCCAUAUAGAGACGACCCAGAUGAUGCUGGCUCGGGCCCUGGCACUGCGCACGCUACGCCGCCUGAUAUCUCGCUCCUUGAAGCCGGACCCAGAAUCGAGGUUGAUGGUACGCCUCAGCGAGCUGGAAGCGACACAUCUAGUGAAGACCAUGAUCGCAUGGUUGCGGCCGAGGUUGCCAGCAGUAUGCGAGUUCUGCGAGGCCGUGGGGUUCGACGAAACACAAUGACGCCCAUCCGACCUAGUCUUGUAGGUGCACUGGAAUUUCGGUCUGCUUUGGCGCAGCUACAACGCGAGGGCAAUUUACAGCUGUCCACGAUCCCAGGAAGAAGCUAUUCGGAUUAUCAUGUGCACAGGCGCAGGCAGACCACCGCAACAAUCGCGGAAUCGGCUCGGUCUGAUGGUCAGUUGGACCCCGACACUGGUGAGCGCGCACCCAUAAGGAACAGAGCGCUCUCUUCUGGAGACGUCCCAGUUGGUGUGCCUGCUCACCCGGACCUACACAUUCCACGCCGCAACGGAUCCGAGCCGACGUUGUCCGUUCCUGGCUCAGCAGCCAGUGGAACGAGGGCAUCAAGCCCCAGCCCAUCCUACAUUAUAGGGGGAAACUUGGCAGCGCCUCCCGUCGGUCCUAGUGGGACCACCCACGAUGCGCCUCCGGAAGACCAGAAAGGACAGCUGCUGACUCCCGAACUUCGCUUGCAAAUACCUUCCAGCCGACGUAGCAGUUACAGCGACCGCUCCUCACCUAACACGCCUUUUCCUAUGUACAGUGACUCGCCAGCACUGCUUACGCCCAAUUACCAGAAUGACCCAAUUGAGUUCGUGUCGCCAGGAGGAGUGUCACCCAGUACCGUUGCACCGGGUCCAGCAAGUCGUGAGACACCCUUUGCCGACUUACAACUGACAGUCGAUGCACCGUCACGUCCUGUUAGAUGGUGGCCUUAUGCCGUACUACCAGCCCCCCAUGUCUUGUGGGCAACUUUGUUCCCUACAUUGCAAGGCUGGAAAGAGAAGACGGCAUGGGACAAGUUUGUCAGUGCCAUCUCUGUCCCAAGUAUCUUUCUUCUGGUGGUGACUUUACCCGUCGUAGACUCGGAAACAACAGACGGCGAAUCAUCUAUCCUCGAGGUACUCAAUGACCACACCGAUCAUUACCAUCACGAUCACCAAGUUGUUGGGCACAUGGCUCCGCCCAUAUCGAUCGAGCGCUCGGCGAUUGAGCCAGAAAGGGAAUCGGAAUGGGAGCGCUAUCGUAGACACACCAUCACAAGCCGUGGCAACGGUCACGUGGGCCUUGCGACAACACCUUCUACAGCACAUGCUGCAGAUGGAGAUACUCUGGCUGCCUCGCAGUUCUCUCUGGGUCCACCAGCUAUAGUGGCGAAGCCAGCCUCAGAUUUCCAUUCCUCCAGCAGUGUCAAAAAUGACUGCACAGGCUGGAACCGAUGGCUCGUGGCGCUACAACUAUUUACUGGCCCCCAGUUUGCUGUCCUUGUAUUGUGGGCCAAUACCUUGGAGGACUGGGAGAACCCUCAUAAAGCUUUGAUCCGUAUGGUGCUAUACGCACUCCUGGCAUCUCUCAUUCUUCUCGGUGUCUUAGUCGUUUUCACGUCAGAGGACAGACCCCCUCGUUAUCAUUACAUGCUUUGCUUCAUGGGAUUCAUUAUUAGUAUUGCUUGGAUCUCAACCAUCGCAGGCGAGGUUGUAGGGGUCCUCAAGACAGUUGGUGUUAUUUUGAACAUCUCGGAAGCGCUAUUAGGUCUCACCAUAUUUGCUGCUGGCAACAGUGUGGGGGAUCUAGUCGCUGAUAUUACAGUAGCACGGCUCGGGUAUCCCGUCAUGGCUUUAUCUGCUUGCUUCGGUGGCCCUAUGCUGAACAUCCUUCUGGGGAUUGGUAUCGGCGGUGCCAUGAUGACAAUCCAGAAGGCAAACAAGAAGCAUCGCAAGAACCCCAGCCAUCCCAUCAAGUACAAGCCUUACCGCAUUCAAGUCGGUGGGACGCUGAUGAUCUCAGCUAUCACACUACUUGUCACGCUUGUGGGUUUGCUUAUUGUUGUGCCCAUGAACAAAUGGAUCUUGAGUCGCAGGAUUGGAUGGGGACUGAUCACUCUCUGGGCAGUGAGCACAAUCGUAAACGUGAUCGUUGAGCUCACUGGAGCUUGGGGUGAAAUGGCAUAG